GCGGAGGAGCGCAUGCGCAGUGAGUGACAGCCCGUAGUGCUCAGCUGACAGCGGCUAACUUUAGCCACACAGUGCUAGCUAGCAUCAGCGCACUUAAACCCACCAAAGUGUCUCAUUUGGCCGCCGAAGUGUCUCAUUUGGCCGCCAGGGCAGCUUAGUGAGUGGCGGCAAGUGCAGCAUGGCGGCUACGUUUGACAGGCUUGGCAGGCUAGCUAGUUAGCUAGCUGGCUAACUAGCUGCUUAGCAUCCAGGCUAACAAGCGGCGAGUAGUGACGCGACACUUCAGCUUCAGAGUCCAGACAUGGGAAUACUUUUCACCAAACUGUGGCGGCUUUUUAAUCACCAAGAGCACAAAGUCAUCAUAGUGGGUCUAGACAACGCAGGCAAGACCACCAUCCUCUACCAGUUCUCCAUGAACGAGGUGGUGCACACCUCGCCCACCAUUGGCAGCAACGUGGAGGAGAUCGUGGUCAACAACACACACUUCCUGAUGUGGGACAUCGGGGGCCAGGAGUCGCUCAGGUCCUCGUGGAACACCUACUACACCAACACCGAGUUUGUCAUCGUGGUGGUGGACAGCACAGACCGAGAGAGGAUCUCGGUCACCAAAGAGGAGCUCUACAAGAUGCUGGCACAUGAGGACCUGAGGAAGGCGGGACUUCUGGUGUUCGCCAACAAGCAGGACGUGAAAGGUCGCAUGUCCGUGGCUGAGAUCUCCCAGAGUCUGCAGCUGACCUCCGUCAAGGACCACCAGUGGCACAUCCAGGCCUGCUGCGCCCUCACCGGAGAAGGCCUGUGCCAAGGUCUGGAGUGGAUGAUGUCACGACUGCGUGUCAGAUGAUGAGCCAGGACGACCCCACCCUGCGCGUGGUCUUGGUCUUGGUCUUGGUCGUGGUCGUGGUCUUGGUGAUCCUCCAUGGACAUGGACAUGGACAUGAGUAUGAUGAAGAAGAGGAGAAGCUGUGAAGUGUCAGGACUCUCUUGGACUAAGAAACCACAACUGUGAGCUUUUCUUCCCAAACAUUCUGCACGCUUUUCCUGUCCACCACAAGAUGGACGUCCUUCUGGACCCUGUGGCCUUGCAGUAUUAGUGCCCCGGCUGCUGAUGGUGUAUUUGAUGAAGUAUUGUUUGAAGUUGGUGCCUGCAGCUUCUCCUUCUUCAGACCCUGGACAUUAAAUACUUUUGAUCUCA